GCCCCUCCCCCCAGCUAUGAAUGUUGAGCUAGCUACCUCACCCCAGGCCAUCAGCCCAUCGCCACAGCAGUGCCACAUGUGCUCAUCUCAUCAUUCAUACGACACGCCACACAGUCAAGGGACUUAUAAGCCACUCAAUCAGCCGCCAAUCAAUCAAUAUACUAAACCCUAACCAACCACCAUGUCAGUGAAUCAGGUCCCCUCUUUUAAGGCUGGAAAAUGGCCCGAAAAUGUGGGCAUUGUGGCCUUAGACAUCUACUUUCCCUCCACCUGUGUCAAUCAGACGGCCCUCGAGACCCACGACGGUGCCUCAGGCGGCAAGUACACCAUUGGACUCGGUCAACUGAAUAUGGGGUUCUGUAGCGAUUGUGAGGACAUUAAUUCGUUGUGUUUGAGUGUCGUUCAAUCACUCAUGGACAAGACUGGAGUCUCCUAUUCAGACAUUGGGCGCCUUGAGGUUGGCACGGAAACCAUCCUCGAUAAGAGCAAGAGCACCAAGACUGUCCUCAUGCAGUUGUUUGCUGCCUCCGGUAACUCGGCCGUGGAAGGUAUUGACACAACGAAUGCUUGUUAUGGAGGCACCCAGGCUCUCUUUAAUGCUGUCUCCUGGGUUGAGAGCAGCUCCUGGGACGGUCGUUUUGCUCUAGUGGUGGCUGGAGACAUUGCAGUGUAUGCGUCUGGUCCUGCUAGGCCUACUGGAGGGGCCGGGGCCGUUGCCAUGCUCGUCGGACCCAAUGCUCCCCUUGUUCUGGAGAGAGGUCUCAGAGGAGUGCAUAUGGAGCACGUGUACGAUUUCUACAAGCCCAACCUCGAGUCAGAAUAUGCAGUGGUGGAUGGGAAACUCUCCAUACAAUGCUACCUCACAGCUCUGGACAAGUGCUACCAGCUUUACUCACAGAGAGCAUCAACAAACGACAAAACAUUCACUCUUGAUGAUGGCGACUUCUUCAUCUUCCACUCUCCGUUCACUAAAUUGGUCAUCAAAAGUUUGGCAAGACUGAAGCUCAACGAUUUCCUUCGCUCUCCCUCCCCGGAAGCCACGGGAUGUUACGCUGGACUGGAGAGCGUGGUUGGACGCUCACUAGAGUCCACUGUGGGUGAUCGUGAUGUCGAGAAGCUGAUGCUUAAGAACAGCAACGUGGAGUGCCAGGCCAAGACAGAGCCCUCGUUGCUACUGGGGCGUGAGGUGGGGAACAUGUACACUGCCUCUCUCUAUGGUGGACUGGUCUCUCUACUAGCAAGUGCAAAGAGAGAUGCUCUGGUUGAUAAGAGAGUGGUCCUAUUCUCUUAUGGUUCUGGCCUGGCCUCAUCCAUGUACUCCCUCAAAGUGACCUCUAACCUCGAGGAUCUAUUUCGUCUAAUGGCCCCUGUAGCUGACGUCCCUCAAAGACUAAGCAAUCGAGAGGUCGUGGAGCCAGCCAAAUUUGAGGCCAUCAUGAAACUGCGAGAAGACACUCACCAUCUUGCCCCCUAUACACCCGUGGGUGAUAAUAGCAAGCUCUUCCCUGGCACGUAUUAUCUAGCCUCUGUGGACGACAAGUAUCGAAGAGUGUACAAGCGAGUUGCCCCUAGCAACGGCGGAGCAGUUGGGAGCGGACUAAAGUCAACACUAGCUCAAAUAGUUAGUCUUAGCAACGGAACAGAUUAACUAUUGACUUUUAUAUACUUAACACAUUAUUUAUUGUUUUUUAUGACAAAAUACAAUAAUUAUUAAAUUAAUAUCGACGAAUAA